AUGAUAAAAGAUGACAUGCAGAAGCAAGUUAAGCCAAUGGAGAAGUGGAUUAAAAAGGUCGGCCAGAAAUUUUCAUGGUCCAGAAAUAAUUUCUCAGAUAUGAGAGUAAUUGCCCCAGAAAACAACAGAACUGUCCAACCUGAAGGUAAGCAGCCAGUAAAAGAAAAUGCAGAAGAAUUCUGCAGAGAGAAAAACACAUAUCCAAAACCAAUGACCCAAGGAUUUCAAUUUAAUAAAGCAUAUGUCACUGGUACUUUGUUGAAUUUAGGAAUCAAGGAAGAACCUAGAAUAGUUACUACCGAGAUAGAUGUCAUCAUGGGAAAGUCUUUUAAAGCCAAUUACCAAACAGCCAAACAAUAUAGAUUGAAAUUGGCAUCCGGGACACUUUCAGAAGACAAUAUAGGUAGAAACAGUAUCUUAGGAGCUUUUCAAAAUUACUUAACCCUCUGA